UUAACCUGGAGUUGUCUAGAUUGGUUUAGUUUUAUGAACAUUCAGAAGCCAGCCAGAUAGGAAAUUAAGAACGGCCUUUUAUGCAACUUUUGGAGAGCAUUGAUUUAGAUUUAAAUGCCAGAUUGAAUGUAUAGUUCUUCAGCUUUUUGCAGUUCAGUGAUUAAAUGCCCUCCAAGUGCAUUCAAAAACGUGCCAUUAAGAAAUCCAGGCUCCCUGAUGCCUUGAACAGUCGACGCUGGAAGUUUUUGCCAAAUGGCUUGGAUGAUUUCAGAGAUGGCUUCCCUCCUCUGUGUGACAGCAUUGUUACGCAACCGCCUACAAAGGGGCCUGACCCUGUUGUUCUUCCUACUAUAUCCACAGGAAUGGGCACACUGCAGCUGUGGCCCAAAAGGAAAUUGCCAGCCAAGCCCCAUUGCUAUCUUUCCAAGCUCAGCCUGAUGCAGAAAACCAGAAGGAGCUGCAUUGCCCAGGUUGAACACUGCUUGAGCCAACAUCCUUUGGCUCUCUAUCCCCACCUGGAAGAAAGCAUCCCUCCAGAGCUUUUCAAGGAGGUUGUUGGCAUUCUGGAUCCAGAAAUGCUUCCAGUUGGUGAAGAAGUUGGUGCACGUUUUGUUGAACAGGAGCAUCAAACCUCCUCUGCAAUGAAGUCUCGGAUGGAGAACAAAAGAGGCAGACAAACAAAGUCCAAGUUCACCAACCACAAAGACCCCAAAGCAAAGGAUCCUUAUACCUGGUUCUCCAAAAAAGAAGUGAAGGCAAGAGAAAGGGAGGCCAUGCUGAAUUAUAUUCCACCUCUCAGUGAAAAUGUCAAGCAAGCCACAGAGGAGCUUUGCAGCUGGUUUGAGUCCCUGGGAGGAGAGAAGUAUGACAUCAAUGAAGCCACUGUUAUAAGCCUGUUUGAUGCAAGAUAUGAGACGAAGAUACCUAACUCUAUUCCUAUAAAUGUUGUGGAACUGCAAGAUUUGCCUGCAGAGCUGCAGGUGUAUGUUGGGAAGACUCCACUUCAGGCUGCCACGAAAAGACAACCAAAGGAAUUUUGCCAGCCUAAGUGGGAGAAGAUCAGGUAUGGGGCCUGGUACUUGGACCCAAAGACUUGGAAAAAGCAGAAAAGGAAUGAGCCUUUAGUGGACCCCAAAUCAAAGGAUGCAGACACCUGGAAUUCAGGAAAGUCAUUUGAUGGAAAGGAUGCUGAGAUUGUGGAGCUUCAUGGAAUCCAUGCUUUUAAGGAAUUUCUUGAAAGGAAAGGCUACCAGUUUCCAGAGUUCCUAAGGCGGAUACUCACUGUACAAGAUGCAACUGGACAAAAAGUGGGAGUUUUAAAGAGCUCCGUGAAAGGAUUUUCGCAAUGUGAGGAGCUCAGUCAAAGAUACUUCAUCAACAGCAAGGAAAUAAUAUAAAGAACUGGAAAUUGUUAAGGCUGAAGAGAACCUGAGCCUGCCAUAUCUCAUCCUCUUGCCUUAACUGAGGAGAAACUCUCAGGUGCAGUUGGAUUCACUGCUUGAGGGCCCUUUGGACAUUGGGCUGUACCUGAUGGCAUCCAUGACAUUGCUGGAAGUAACAUGAUCCAUGUCUUUCUAUUAGGUCUUCUCUAUCAUUGCUUGAUUAGGUUUUCAUCAACAUGUCAGCGUGAGCUCACCUAUCAAUAAAGGU